AUGGCUAUGCUGUCGUGUCGUCGGAUGAUUCUGGCGAUUAUCCAGUGGUGGCGCCUGGACGCGGAGGACAUCACCAUAAAAUCUGGGACUGUUGCGUACGUCACUACUGGAGGUGACUUCCUCACGUUUCACAGUUUCUCUUAUGCGGAAAACGUCCUGUGCCUCGCGGUGCUGACACUGUUGUCCUGGAGAAUACGGUUUGAUAUUGCUAAAAGAGACAAAGUUCUAUCAGCAGUAGCGGAAAUAGCAAGCGUUGGGACUACAAAGGUUAAGGUAGAAAGCUGGAGUGUUUCUGUUUUUCCGUUGUACUUCACAGUCUUGAGUUUUCAGAUUCGGGAUUCAAACAGACCUAUGCUUGUUACAGCUGUUCGAAGUCAUCAAUGUACUUGUAUCGAUCUUGGAAUCGCUAGAGAUAUUGAAACAGGGAUAGAAGCAAAACUUGACAUUCCUCAGGGGAAGCCACUGACGUUUGCAACACUUGCAGCCCCAGGAAGCAACAAGAAAAUGCUUGUUUUCGGCUUGCCUAGGAACCCUGUCAGUGGCAUGGUGACUUUUGAUCUUAUUACACUUUCCCUUGCAAAGAGCACAGGACGACAGGCUAGUGGUUGCCUCUUGGUAUGUGCAAACACGUUGCUCGAGCUUCCGAAAGGGCCUGGAGUCCUAACCGCUGGCUCUCUUGUUUCUAACAGGGAUAUCACGAGCAAAUCAAAACCAGUGAAAACUCCGGACCCGACCAAGCCAGGCAUAAAAAAAAGCAUCCUAAUCGUGAGUGACACGGAAGGUAAAAGCUGGACGCUCUUUUUCUGGACCAUUGUUUUGUUUCUAUCCAGCGGACAGAGAAUAGAUCAAAGCGGUAACAGGAGGAUAGAAUCUACCUUGGGGCUUUCAAGCAGCAUUACGGUGGCUAGACCUUUUGCCUGGUGGCCUCCGGGUGUACAGCCAGUUCCUCCUGUUAGAGUAUUCGUUUUGUUUAGAACUCGAAGCAUAUAUUAUGACGCACUCACCGGUGGUUAG